CUUCGUAAACAACACAGACCACAAUGUUCAAGCUGGUGGUGUUGUCCUCUGUCCUGGCCAUGGCGGCCGCCGCGCCCAGCGCCCUGGGUCUGGGCUGGGGCCUGGGAGGACUCGGCUGGGGCGGUCCCCUGGCCGGGCUCGGCGCCCCGCUGAUCGGCCACGCGGCUCCCGUUGCGGUCGCGGGCCCCGCAGUGGCCCUCGGCGCGCCCCUGCACGGCGCCGCCUACAACUACCGCGGCCCCGUCUCGCUCGCCCCCGGCCAGCCCGCCAGCAUCCUGGCCGCCGACGGCAGGCCCCUGGACACCCUGAGCGUGAACCUGGACCGCGCCGCGCACCUCACCGCGAGGGCCGUUGACGCCACGUUGGGCCACGGCGCGCACAUCCUGGGCAAGCGCUCGGCGCCGCUGCUGGCCCCCGCCGCGGCUAUCUCUGCUUACUCCCCCUACGCUGCCUACGGCGCCAUCGCCUACAGUGCGCCCGUCAUCGCGCCCAGCAACUACCGCGGACCCCUCUCCCUGGCCCCCGGACAGCCCGCCAACAUCCUGGCCGCUGACGGCAGGCCCCUGGACACCUUGGACGUCAACCUGGACCGCGCUGCUCACCUCACUGCCAAGGCCUUGGACGGUGGAGUCCACCUUCUGAAGAAGCGCUCCGCUCCUCUGAUCGCCGCCGUCGCUCCCGUGGCCCGCGUCGCUCACAGCUCCCUGGUCGCUCCCGGAGCCAUCGCCUACUCUGCCCCCAUCGCCACCGCCUACGGCGCCCCCAUCGCCACCGCCUACGGCGCUCCCCUCGCCUACGGUGCCCCCCUCAUCCACUACUAAGCUGUACUAAAGAGACCUGAUGUAAAUAUGAAAUGCAAUUAAACUAAGGUUUACAAAAA